UAUCCGGUAAAUAUAGAAUGUACUUGGUAUGUUAUGGCUAGUGAGGGUAAUAGUAUUGGUUUGACAUUCGAAUCAAUGGAUCUGGAAGAUUCAGAUAAUUGUAACAAUGAUUAUGUGGAAAUUAGAGAUGGUAGUAAUUUUAGACGUUUAUUGGGUUUACAUUGUGGCAAACAAAUUCCGGCGGCGGUGGAAAAAGCUCAGACGUUGACGGUAACAUUUAGUAGUAACGAUGAUAUAGUGGGAGAAGGUUUCAUAGCCACGUAUUAUUACGUUAAACAUAACGAGAUAAAUGGCACUAGUGGAGUGGUCGAAUCGCCUGCCUACCCAGCCAAGUUCCAUAGCGACGACUUAUAUAGCUGGCGUAUUACUGUGGAUAAAAACUAUGUUGUUUUGCUGUCUAUUAAACAUAUUGUGGAUACAGAUAUACCAUAUAUUAAAUUCUAUGAUGGUUAUUCCGAUAUUGGAGCACCAAUAGAUUAUGCCAAUACCCAUAUUGUACGCUCAAAUACCAAUAUUUUAUAUUUCACCGCCACACGUGGUCCAUUCCAAUUCGAAUGGGAGCAAUUAUCCAAAGAAGUGGUGCGUAACAAUCAGACUGCUGAACGAAUGUCUGAACUUUGUGGCAAUCAAAAUUUGCGUAUCAACUCCUCCACCCUAUUCUUUAGUUCACCUGGUUAUCCGCAUGGUUAUGACUCAAAUUUACAAUGUUCAUGGACUAUUAUAUCCAACGAUCCCGCUAUGCAUACCGAAAUAUUCUUUUUAAAAGUUGAUCUAGAGGAAUUCGAUGAAUGCUUUGCCGACUAUGUUAAAGUUUCCAAGAGUACUGAUCUGCAAAACUGGCAACAGUUAGAGAAAAUGUGCAAAAAGACUUCCGAUAAAAUAAUGAGGUACCAAGGAAAUCCCUAUUUGAAAGUAGAAUUUGUAACCGAUGCUGGGGUCAAUAAGACCGGAUUUUCUUCUCUCAUAUCAACUAAAUGUGGUUCGGAACUAACGGAGAGAAGAGGCUUUGUUAAUAUAACCGAAUUAAAGGGCAAUGGCGUUAGUUUUCAACAGGAUUGUAUUUGGACCAUUAGAGUCAGACAGGGUAGACGUAUACGUCUAACAUUUCCCGAUUUUUGGUUACGUACCCCCAAUACGGAUGGCAAUUGUAAAACAUACUUUUUAGUACGCAAUGGCAUUGCCGAGGAUUCACCAUUUUUAGGCAAAGGAAAGUACUGUGACAAUGAUAUAACUGACAUUCUGGAAACCUCCUCAAAUCGGGCUUAUAUUAAAUUUUCACGCAGCGGUUAUCCGGCAUUCAGAGCUUCCUUCCAUUAUGAAGAAAUAAGUCCAGAAUGUUCCAAAGAGAUUGUUCUUAAGGACGACUUUAAAUGGGAUCGUAUACAAACCAUUACAACUCCCAACUAUCCCAAUAUACCCAAUCCACAUUCGGAAUGUAUUUGGAAAAUUAUAGCUCCCUUACAUAAGACCAUAACUUUGGACUUCUUUGGUGAUUACGAUUUGAUACCCGUCAAUUCGGACUCUAAACUAUGUGAACUGGAAUAUGUUCAGGUUAACGAUGGCGGCACAGAAAUGGCGCCAGUUAUAGGCAAAUAUUGUGGUACCACUAAACCAAAUAGCAUACGCUCAACGGGCAACAUAUUGAGAGUGCUUUAUUUCACGGAUGUUUCAGAACCUCAUAAGGGCUUUAAGGCCAAUGUUAGUAUCAGUCGUUGUGGGGGUUCUUAUUAUGACUCGGAAGGCGUCAUAACUGCUCCUUUGUUGCAACUCAAACCCAAUGAAAAGGAAUUGGAAUGUAUAUAUACACUAGAAAUGCCUUUGGGUUCUACUAUUAAUAUAAGCGUAGAUAGAAUAAAUUUCCCCGAACCCUAUGGAGGUCCAAACUCGGACUGUAAACAGGAAACCCAUUUGGAACUGCAGGAAAUUGAUGCUUUCUCCACGGACACAGAAAAUAUAACCGAUACCUUGCUCUUGUGUGGUUCAACUCCCAAUCGCUAUAUUGUAGAAACCAAUAAACUAAGAAUAGUUUUGCGUAUCAAAGAUGGCGUUUAUAAUACCGACAGUUUUCAGAUCAGCUACUCGGCUAUAGGAGAUAGAUGUGGCGAAACAAUAGUGGGAAUGCGUGGAAUAUUACAAACUCCCAAUUAUCCUAAAGGUACAGGUGCACCUAUACACUGUACAUGGCAUUUAAAAGCUCCCAAGGGUAGACGUAUUAAGGUAGAAUUCCUGGACUUUGAUAUGGACAGCGGACAAACGGCGGGACGAGUCUAUCGCCGUUUAACGUUCAGUAACGAUCCUAAACUAUCAUCCAUCAUCGAACGUGUAACAGAUACAGUACCAGCUGUCAUUUACUCCACCGAUAAUACCAUGACUAUAGAUGCUCUCAUGUUGUCGUUCUACAAGAAUCGUGGUUUCAAAUUGAAAUUCUCAGCCGAUGAGUAUUCUACCCAUUGUCGCAAUUUCCUCUGGUUCAAUGAUGAAAGCAUAAUGGCUACUCCACAGACCUUGAGAUUCCGAAGGGAUGAUAGUGAAAAAUCAAUGUAUUGUUCCUACGAUCUUAAACCCCGAUUCAAUCGCACCCUGUCCGUACAAAUUGUAAAAGUAGAAAACUACAAUAUAACACAGCAAUGGUUCGUAUAUGGCUGCCAAUACUCUUCGGCUGUACAAUUAUAUGCCGCAGAAGAGCGCAUCUUACCCAUGCUAAUGUGUCAUAAUGAAACCCAACCCUCAUUUAGACUACCCUAUCCCAGUAAAAUGGUUAUAAAUGGUCAUAGACGUAAUGGUCUACGUGCCCUAGAACUGCAGUUGACCUCUUAUAAAUGCGGUGGAGUGUGGCCUAUGAGGUUUUACGAUGAUUUUGUAAUUACCCAGCCGGAUAUGCAAAAUCAUACGGGUCAUUUAGAAUGUGCCUGGGCUGUAUGGGGCCAUUAUAGUUACAAUCAAGAUGAACCACCUGCAUUUUCAGAUAUUAUGGAAGGUAUACAAGUAGAUGUAGGUCUGACCACUGACUUUAAGGGUAAAUGUGAAGAGGAAUACUUGAUGGUGUACAAUGGACCCAAUCAGAACUCACCGCAUUUAGGACGUUAUUGUGAGCAAUCUACCAUUACUAAUUUGGUAGCCACUGGUGGUAUAUAUGUAGAGUUCAUAACCCAAAACUAUAAUGCACUAUCUGUGUUUAACUUAACGGUUCAUGAGGGCAGUGGUUGUGGUGGUGUUCUAAAGUAUCCCUACCGGCAAAUCCUGUUCGAUUAUCAAUAUAAAAACAAUGUUGAAUGUAUAUGGGAAUUAGCCACAGAACCUGGUUUCCAUUUGGCCGUUACUUUUGAAAAUACAUUCUUUAUUGAAGCGUCAACUAACUGCACCAAGGAUUAUUUAAAAAUCCAACAGAAAUCAUUACAGGGAGAAUGGGAAGAUAUUGCCAAAUUAUGUGGACGUGAACCACCGCAAGCUGUUAAUACAACAACCGAAGAAAUGCGUAUAAUUUUCCGUUCCGAUGAAGAUGGUGUGGGUAGUGGUUUUAAUAUGAAAUUUGAGCGUAAUUGUGGUGGUAUACUUUAUGCCACGGAUACCAUGCAACAAUUAAAAUCACCCAAUUAUCCAUCCGAGUAUCCGGCAAAUCUAGUGUGUAACUACACCAUUGUACCAUCGCCCACGAUAAGUAAAACAGAAUCGGAUAGUUUGUACUUACGCUUUAUAGAGUUUACAGUAGAAGACUCUCCCCUGCAGACCUGUAUAUUUGAUAAUGUCACCAUUAAUACGCUCGAAUCAAAUCAGGUGGUGUCCAAUACCUUGUGUGGCAGAAAAACAAAUUACGAGAUUAGAUCCAAAAAAACUAUAACAAUUAUCUUUAAGACCGAUGGCAGUUAUGGUCGUAAAGGUUUUCUCAUGGAAUAUGGCCAUAAUAAAUGUGGAGCCGUCAUUACCAAUUCGACGAUAAUAGAGUCACCCAAAGAUUCUUCCACCCAAAUGUAUCCGCAUAACAGUAUAUGCUCUUGGCAAUUGCAAGCUCCAGAAAAUUACAAAAUUAUCAUUAAAUUUGAAUAUAUUGACUUUGAGUCUCAGGGUAUGUGUACCUAUGAUGCUGUGGAAGUAUACAAGGGUCUUAAUACCGUAGAGGAUCAACGUUUGGUUCAAUUGUGUGGCAACAUAACGGAGCAGAAAGAAAUAAUUAAUAUAGCACAGAAUACCGCUCUAAUACGUUCCUUUGCCGAUGAUCGCGAUGCCUCUAAAGGUUUUAAGGCCUUAGUGAAAUUUGUACCCAAUUGUGAUAAUCGCAUACACUUGGAGUCUUCUAAUUCCUCUUAUGAAUUUACCCGUUUCUCUGGACAAUAUGCCAAUAACUUGGAUUGUUCUUGGUUAUUUACCACCUCUCCCGAUCGCCAGCUUAGAUUGGAGUUUAGCAGUUUCCAUGUGGAAAAUUCCUCUAAUUGUUUAGAUGACUAUUUGGAUGUACGAGACGGUUCAGGUUUAUUUGCCGAUCAAAUUGGCCAAUUUUGUGGUCACGAUUUGCCCAGUCCCUUAGUUUCUUCCAAAUCUACUCUACUAAUGAGAUUUGUAACUGAUGCAAAGGAAACUAGCAGUGGUUUUGUGGCCACCAUUAGAUCGGUGCCCAAGAUAUGUGGUCGUCAGAACUUGGAUUUGACAACACAAAAGUCGGUUACCCUACUUUCACCUGAUGAUGGUUCUGGAAAAUAUCCCAAUAACAUCAAUUGUAUUUGGAAAAUAAAAAGUGACAAUAACAUUCAUUUACAUUUUGAGAAACUUGAUAUUGAUGGCCCCGAUGCGAAUGGAUCCUGUUCUACGGAUUAUAUUAAAAUUAUUAAUAGUGAU